AUGUACAUAUCUGGAAUAGCUGCGAGAGGUGGUGUAGGUAAACGAAUAAGGUUUAAUGGGCAAAUUGACUCGAUGAAUCUUCUGAUGGAGCUGAAAUCUCCGAUGGGAUUGAGGCGACCCAUGGGCCACAGAUAUGUUUCGAGCUCUAUAACAUUUACUGCUAUUGAGCGUCCUCUGGUGACGUCCAAAGGGAGACCACACAAGCUAGGAACAUUUCGGGUCCCGUUGUUGAAGAGUCCGACCCAUUUCGGUCACUUCUCGUCGAGAGUAAACCGACUAUACAAUGAGGAUAAAUACAGCGCGAGUGUUCUAACGAUUCCCCGCAUUGAAGAGGUAGAGGAAAAGCAAGUGAAAGAGGAAAUAGAAGAAGUACAAGUGGGUAAAGAGGGUGUAAAGGAGGCAGAAGAAGCUGGUACUGCUGGAUCGACGCCCACUUCCGCUGUUUCCGAUGCUGUUGAAGGUAACGAUGGUACUAUUGCUGGUUAUGGUAAUAGCGCUACAGCUCCACACACUGUGUUUUCUUUCAACAUCUUUGAUGGGCAUGGAGGUGAGCAAUGCUCGAAAUUUCUUGCUCUGAACCUAACUAAAAUUAUUGAAGAGUCAACAGGCCUUGUAGAACCAUCAGAUAAAAUUCGUACCGAGCUUAUUAAGAAGUACUGGAAGAAUAUCGGUGGAUACUGGAAGCGAUGGUACAAGCACCGUAAAGAUAACUUUUCUGUUAUGUUUGCUUCUGAUCUGCAGUUAAGAUUGGAAAAUUUCCCCAAAUUUCACGACGAUUUGGGCGCUAGACUUCCGUUGGGCUUCCUUGAGGCCGACUACGAAUUCUUCGAAUCCGACGAUAAUAAAUCUGGCUCCACUUGUACUUCAACAUUCAUUGAGACAAUAUAUCCCAAUGAGACUGAAGGUGAGCAAGUGUAUGACAAUUACUACUUCAAUCGUAAAUCCAUUCUGAAACUAACCGUUGCUCAUAUAGGUGACACGAAGGCUAUCCUUGUAGAUAAAAAUGGCGAAGCACAUGCCUUGACGGAAGCUCACCAUCCUUCUAACCCAAAUGAGGCAAGUAGGUUACGAAAAUAUGCUGCGAAUUUCUUUAUGACCGAUUCCUUUGGAGAAGAAAGGUUUAUAUCGUUAGCCAAUACUCGAGCUUUCGGAGAUUUGAACUUUAAACAGAUGGGUGUCACCGCAGAACCUGAGAUUUCUCUGUACAUUAUUGGAGACUCUGAAGUAAUCAAAAAAAAAUUGACAAAGGAAGAGAUUCUGCAGUACACCGUCGGCGGGCUCGGAGGUGAUGAAUGUAUGCUCAUUUUGAUUACUGAUGGGGUAACUGAUAUAUUGACAGACCAAGAGGUGGCAGAUAUUAUCAUGGUCAAUGUCAACAUGAAGAGCCAAAAGCGUGCCACUCCACAAUUUUGUGCUGAAGAGGUCAUCAAAUUUGUAGAGUAUGUUGGUGGAGAUGACAAUUCAACAUGCUUGGUUAUAAGGUUGAACGGAUGGGGACACUGGCCAAUAUUAGACAGGACAGGAGAGUUGAGGCAAGAAAGAUUGAACGACUUUAGUCCUAGAGGUGAGAGAACAUAA